GAGACCGGGGGAGCUCGGUGUGGAGGGAGCGACCCGAAGACACCGGCUGGGCUGCAGCCUCCGCCCGCACGGCGCCCCCCAUCUCUCCCUUGCCGGGAGGGGGCUCGGUCCCUCUCGCGGGGGUCAUGGAUCCCAAGCGCCUCCCCAAGAGAGCCGCCCCGGACAGCCGGCUCUACUCCCCUCCGCCCGGCUUAACAGCGGCCGGGCCCUGCUGCCCCGACUGCAGCCCCCCGUCGGCUGCCCACCGCCACGGGCUGUACUGCGGGGUGAUCCAGGCGUGCAAAGCCCCCGCCUCCGCGGCCAGCAACGCCGUCUACACGGUGCUGGUGGAAGAUGCCCUGCUGCGGCGGCGGCGGCGGAAAAGUAGCGAGGACGCGGCGGUGGCCAACGGGCUCGAGGGGAAGAGCCCCGGCAAGGGCCGGGCCAAGCAUUUGCCGAAGAGCUGUAAUGGCAAGGUGCUGCUGGAAGAAGCUGAGCCGAGGGGCCUGACGGACACUCUGGUGCUGAAUGGCAGGAAGGUGGAUGAGCAGCAGGUCCUGCCUGCCAUGGCCCACAGCCAGCUGGAGGGAUCGAACAAGGAGGCAGCGCUGCGACUCCUCACCGUGGGGCUGGAGCAGCGCCCCCCUCUGCAUUCGGCCUACAUCCCGGUGCCCAGGCAGAGAAAGCUGUCAGGCAAGGCGGGGAUAGAUGAAGUCAUGGCAGCCGCAGUUCUCACCAGCCUGUCCACUAGCCCUCUAGUGCUUGGCAACCCGCCUGGCACCCUCAGCCCAGCAGAGCCCAGCUGCGAGGCCUGGAAGGAGGGUCCUGCCAUGUCCUCCAGCUACAGCAGCAGCAGCAACAACAGUGGGGACUGGAGCUGGGACCCGCCGAGCGACCGCUCCACCCCUUCCACCCCGUCGCCGCCGCUCUCCACCGACGUGGCCAAGAGCUUCCUGCCGGCCCCCCAGCUGGACGACGGCAUCGAGGAGACCGAAGCGACCCACUUCCUCUUCGGAGACCCCAUUCCCCGGAAGAGGAAGAACUCCACCAAGGUGAUGUUCAAGUGCUUAUGGAAAAGCUGUGGCAAGGUUCUGAGCAGCUCCUCGGGGAUGCAGAAGCACAUUCGAACCGUCCACCUCGGCCGCAAAGCCGACCUGGAUCAGAGCGACGGCGAGGAGGACUUUUACUACACGGAGCUGGACGUCAACGUGGACUCGCUGACAGACGGGCUGUCCAGCCUGACCCCUGUCUCGCCCACCUCUUCGGUGCCCCCGGCCUUCCCUGUCCUGGAGGUGCAGCGAACCCCGCCGGUGCUGGUGAAGCCCGAGGACUCUGUGGAGUCUCCUCUGAGUCAUUCAGCUCCAACGAGCCUGUGCCAUGUCCACACGGACCACGCCUAUCAGGUGGGCCAUGUGGAAAAGCAGGCGAUGGCUCCCGUCAGCAUCUCAGCUGCUUCGAAAACCCUGCCUGGCGGGAUGGGCUUCAGCAUCUCCUGGCAGCCACCCCCAGCGCCACAGUCACCAGUUGUUUUUAAAGGGUCCCCGGGCUGCCUGACUGCGCUCCGCCCCGUCGGCGUGGGAGAGAAGCGGCUGCAGAUCCCUCACCCGACCGUCACUGCGGCGCCCCCCUCUGUGCCAAAGCCAGCCACGGGCACCAGGAAGCCCCGCGGCGAGGCCAAGAAGUGCCGCAAGGUGUACGGGAUGGAGAACCGGGACAUGUGGUGCACAGCCUGCCGGUGGAAGAAGGCUUGUCAGAGGGGACAGAGCUGACUGCUUGGAUGUACCUACUGAACACCAGAAGACUAAUGCCCAAAGGAAAUAAUAAAGGGACAUCUCAGGGAGCAGUUGGUCCCAAGGCCAGAUGGCUGGGCACUCAUCCGAAUGGACACAUACUCAUGGAAGGAAGUAAAAAAUGGCAGGGUUUUAGAUACCAUAGCAACUGAUAACAUAUGCCCCUUGAUCAUUCUGGUUUAAGUGGUAUGGGCUAACUGCCACCCUGUAUAUAAACACCACCAUUUGGCAAGCUAAGACAGGACACUGGCAUCUGCUCUAGGCAGACAACUGCCUACCAGCUGACUACAGACAACUCUUCCCAGAAAAAGGAACUGAACAUAGUUUCAGAAUGCACGUGUGAACCAAACAAGCUGCAUUCACAAUGUACUAACUACACGAAAAACGUCAGUUUAUAGUUUUAAAAAGCUCUAGCUUCUCCAAGGAGUUGGGGGCUCAGCAACCAGGGAAGCUGUUUGUCAUUCACAAAGCCACGAGAUUGAAGUAAUUUCUGGUCACUAUGGACACUGCAACUAGCAGGGGUCAGAAAAUUUUAGCAAACACAGGGACAACCCAAAGGGAAAAACAACAAAACAAAAACCCCAACAGCAAACAACAGCAGAGCAAUACUUUUUGCUGAAGCCGUUUAAAAAUAUUUGAUUAUAAGACUACACAUUUUCCUUCCAAGGUGGACAUCCAUUUUUGGAUACACAAUGUGCAUUGCAACCUCAAGGAAAGCGAGUGAUGAUGUAAUGUUAACUGAUACCACAUUAUCCACUGGUUACUAUUGCUAUUACAUCUAAGCCCUCCAAAGUAAAUGGUAAUUUAAAAAUAAAAUAAAUGAACCUUAUUUAGAGUAUGUAUUUCUUAGUACACAUCUGUAAAUCAAAUAGAAGAAAGGAAAUAUCAAAGAGAUAUUUGCCAUCUGAGGUCAUUUGUGUGUUUUUCAGAAGCACAGCUGUUGAUUUAACUCCUCUUUAGAUAGAAAUCACACUGGUAAAACUAAGUUUUUAUAGACAGUGUUUUAAAGAGACAAUAUCGGAUUUAAAACCAUAUUUUUAAAAAUUUAUGUCCUUACCUAUGUUAACAUUGCAUACGUUACUACAACUAGAAUCUGUGCUGUUCACACAUUUUGUAUUUCUCUCAACCUGGACAAUGAAAAUAGAUCUGUCAUUUCUGUUUCUAGUUAAUUUCUCUUUCAGCUUCUUAUGCUCUAAUACAAUGGAAAAGUAGCUGAGAAGCAAGGAAUGCAGGGAAAAUCUUAUUGGUUUAAAAAUUUGCUCUGGAUUUUAAAAAGAUACAGCAUAGAAACAUUUCUACAGACCUGAGGUUAUAUGUAAAAGCUUUAAAAAACAAACAAACAAACAAAAAACAUUUUAAAACAAAAAAUUGGGCUAAACAUAAGCUAAUCCAGGCCCUUUAAACCUUGCACAUUGAUUGAGGAACUGAAAGAAGCAAAGUCUUUGGUGGUUUAAACACAGUUCCUUUUCUCUACUUCAACUUUUUACUCUGAGAUGUAUGUCUGGAAGUUAUUUUUAUAACAGGUGCAGUCUGCAUUUGAUGCACAUCAAUGUUCAUCUCCACAGUUCUACCUGCAAACUGGCACUAAGAAGCACAAACGUCUGACAUAUGAGGAAAAUAAAGUCACGUGGCAAAUAAGCACAAGGCACAAGAUCCCAUGGGUUUCCCUACCCAUAUUCAAUUCACACAAACCACAACACCUCCCUGUCGGUGAAGAUCAAGAUACUGAUUGAACUAGUAGCCUGUGGAAAGAGAUGCUGUGCUAAGUGGGAAAAAAAAAUCUGAUGAAUAUAAAACUAUCCAUUUUCUUGAGUCUUAUACAUGAUCCUCCCCUGUAGGGUUCCCACUUUUGUGAAAAUAUUCAGUCAGUGGGUUCCUCUAUGGAGAUUUUUGUCAGUAUACCUGAUGGGUCCGAACUGUAACGUCCAAAAAGCAAAGUGAACCUACCUAUUGCUUCUUCAUAGAAGGAACAAUGGUCUGAACACAAAACCAAUCAUGAUUUUUAAGUUAUUUUAAUUGAGAUUUUCACUGUCCAGUUCGGGGCAUCACACCUUAGGGAAGAUGUGGAUAAACUGGAGAGACUCCAGAGGAGAGCAACAAAAAUGAUGACAGGUUUAGAAAACCUGACCUAUGAUGAAAGGUUAGAAAAACUGGACAUGUUUAGUCGUGAGAAAAGAAGACUGAGGGGGAACCUGAUAAGCUUCAAGUAUGUUAAGGGUUGUUCUAAAGAGGACAGUGAUCAGCUGUUCUCCAUGUCCACUGAAGGUAUGACAAGUAGUAAACCAUUUAAUCUGUAGUAAGGGAGAUUUAGGUUAGAUAUUAGGAUAAACUUCCUAACUAUACAUGUAGUUAAAAUAUGGAAUAGGCUUCCAAGGGACGUUGUGGAAUCCCCGUCAUUGGAGGUUUUUAAGAACAGGUUGGACAGACACCUGGUAGGGAUGGUGUCAUAAUUAUAAAGGGAAGGGUAACAACCCUCCUGUGUACAAUACUAUAAUCCCUCCUGGCCAGAGACACCAAAAUCCUUUUACCUGUAAAGGGUUAAGAAGCUCAGGUAACCUGGCUGACACCUGACCCAAAGGACCAAUAAGGGGACAAGAUACUUUCAAAUCUUGGUGGGGGGGAAGGCUUUUGUUUGUGCUCUUUGUUUUGGGGGUUGUUCGCUCUUGGGACUAAGGGGGACCAGACAUCAAUCCAUGUUCUCUAAAUCUUUCUGAACAAGUCUCUCAUAUUUCAAACUUGUAAGUAACAGCCAGGCAAGGUGUGUUAGUUUUAUCUUUGUUUCCUCAACUUGUAAAUGUUUCUUUUGCUAGUGUUUACCUCUGUUUGCUGUAACUUUGAACCUAAGGCUAGAGGGGGUUCCUCUGGGCUCUUUGAAUCUGAUUCCCCUGUAAAGUUAUUUUCCAUCCUGAUUUUACAGAGAUGAUUUUUACCUUUCUUUCUUUAAUUAAAAGCCUUCUUUUUAAGAACCUGAUUGAUUUUUCCUUGUUUUAAGAUCCAAGGGGGUUGGAUCUGGACUCACCAGGAAUUGGUGGGGGAAAGGAGGGGGAAUGGUUAUUUUCUCCUUGUUUUAAGAUCUAAGGAUUUGGUUCGGUGUUCACCAGGAAAUUGGUGGAGAAGUCUCUCAAGGCUACCCCGGGAAGGGUUAUAGUACUUGGGAGGGAUAUAUUCUGGGGGGAGGGUGGUAGACAGAGUUUCCCAAAUGACUCAAAUAAUUUGGGUGGUGGCAGCAAAACCAGAUCUAAGCUGGUAGUUAAGCUUAGAGAUUCUCACGCAGGUCCCCACAUCUGUACCCUAGAAUUCAGAGUGGGGAAGGAACCUUGACAGAUUGUCUAGGUUUACUUGGUCCUGCCUCAGGCUGGAGGCUGGCCUUGACCUCUCGAGGUCUCUUGCAGCCCAACAUUUCUAUGAUUGUUAACCCAACCUUUAACCGAUUUAUAACUAAACUGAUAAAUUCUUUGGAAUAACUUUGAUAACAUAAGUAGUAAUGCAUUUUA